UCUAUUAAAUAAUCGAUGAGUCCAUGCCCUUUGCGGUCGCUCCACCGACAUCACCCAACUCGCUGUCAGCGGGCCACACGACGGCUCGGCACUGAGGAGAAAAUCGCCGCUCCCGGCAGCAGCGCGCCGCCCACUCGCUCAGAGGAGGAAAAGCCGCCUUGGGGCCGGGGCCGUACCACGCCGAGCCGAGGGGUGCCAGCGGGCCGAUGGGGAUCGCCCUCCGUUCCCUCAGCUCCCCUGCGGCCCCGCCUCGCGUUGCUCGGCCGCCCCAUCCACCGGGGGCUGUCGGUUGAAUCUCGGCGUGCAAGAAUCUCCUGUCGGCUCUCAGCGGAGCCUGCGGCCCGCCCCGCCUUCCCUCCCCGACGAGGCCGAGUGUUUGUGGCCGGGCGAGGCCGAGCGGGAGGGGCAGUAUGGAGCAGCUCCAGGAGGCCCAGCAUUCCCUGGACAAGCUCAGGAUCCUCUCUAUGGUUAUUUUACUGCAGUAGCUGGACAGCUUUCAACUUGGAGACAUGCAGACUCAUGAUCUCAAUGCUGGAUAGGGAUAUGUCUGGCACACUGGGAUUUAAUGAGUUUAAGGAGCUGUGGGCUGUGGUCAAUGGCUGGAAGCAGCACUUUGUGAGCUUUGACAGCGAUGGAAGUGGUACAGUGGAUCGCCAAGAACUGGAGAAAGCCUUGACAAAUAUGGGAUUUAGAUUGAGCCCACAGGCAGUGUCUGCCAUCACCAGGCGGUACAGCACUCAUGGGAAGAUCACAUUUGAUGAUUACAUCGCCUGCUGUGUGAAACUCAGAGCUCUCACUGAUUGUUUUAGAAGAAGGGAUACGUCUCAGCAGGGUUUUGUGAAUUUCCAGUACGAUGAUUUCAUACAGUGUGUUAUGAGCAUCUGAAUCGAAAGGGAACGUGGACGAUCACAGUUAUCAUCCCAGUUCGUGCUUUGCUUUGCCAAGUUAGCACAUGAUCGCGUGCCUCUAUGUUGGAAAUGAUGUAUUUUCUGAAGGUAUUGCUUGACACACUUGUUCAGUUUUGAUAAUGAAUAUGAACUAAUCAUACACUGUCUUGUGUAACUUCCAACCUGUUGCUGUUAAAGAUGUUUUAUUUUCAUGAGCUCCUAAGGCACAAUGCAUAACAAAGAUUAUGGACAUAUUAUGUUUUUCUGUAAUUACUUUUUUUCCUGUGAUUCACUAAAAAAUGUUCCUGGAGUGAAAGCUGCCACCCUCUGUUUUCAACAAUAUCAUGCAGAUGGCAUAAGGGAACAUUCUUUUGUCUUUGGCGAUGCAAGACAUAUAAAAGCUGAAAGAGUUGGCUUUGGUAUGGCGUCUCUCAUCUGUUAGAACAUGAAGGUAAAACUUAAGGUGCUUGUUUUGACAGCUGGGCAUUUUUAAGAUGAGGUCAUUGACACCAUGCGCUGAGUGUGAGACCGCCUGUUAUGGCUCCUCAUAAGCAGGAAUAAAAUAAAACAUAGCAGAGAACUCUUCCAACAGUGUGCCCUUCUCUGGGGCUGUUUGUUUCAGUAAGAUUCUUGCUCUCUUUGUGUCACUACAUAAAACAUUUUAAAACAAAAA